GUUGGAGCCAGUCUGGAUACCUUAACCAGUAAUCUAAUAGAGUUCCCACACCUCAAGGAACAUUUCUCCAAAGUCUGGUCCUUUAAGAACUCGGACGACAUGAAGUUGCUUUGCCAGAAAGGGGUCUACCCCUACUCUUACAUGAACAGUUUCAGUAAAUUUGCGGAAAAAAGUCUCCCAACUAGAGGAGGUUUCAAAAAUGAUCUAUCUGGAGACGACCUCCCUGAAGAAAAGUAUGAGGUCGCGCAAAGAGUUUGGAAGACUACAGGCUGUAAAUCGAUGGGGGACUAUCACGAUCUGUACUUGUAUCACGAUAUCUUUCUCUUGGCUGAUGUCUUUGAUGUCUUUGAGUUCCGUCAUGUAGCGCUCAAGAACUAUGAUUUAGAUCCUGCGCAUUACUACACAGUCCCUGGUCUAGCCUGGGACGCUGCGCUCAAGUACACCAAAGUAAAACAGGUAUGCUGAAGCCAACAAUAAGGAUCUGCAUGAGUACGACCCUGAAAAACCCUCCACUUAUAUCAUUUACGAAGACUCGAAUAAUUUGUAUGGGGAGGCGAUGACGCAAGCACUUCUUGUAGGCGAGUUCAAGAGAGUACCUGAACGUAGGCUGUCUUCUUUGAAUGUGAUGGCUAUUGCUGAUGACGCUGGCUACAUUUUGGAAGUGGACUUGGAGUACCCCGCAGCACUCCACGACCAUCACUCAGACUAUCCGUUGGCUCCAGAGAAGAUUGAAAUCAUGCAUGAGAUGUUGUCUCCUUAUCAGCAGCAAUUAAAGACGGAAUUGGGGUACAAACCCGCGAAAGUGUAAAAGUUGGUUCCCAACCUUUGGGAUAAAGUCAAGUUCCCUAUCCAUCACAUGAACUUGAAACAGUGCCUUUCCUUAGGCAUGAAACUCACUAAAAUUCCUCGAGUGCAUCAAUUCAAGCAGCAAGCCUGGUUGAAGCCCUAUAUUGAGUUGAACACAAAACUGAGAGCAGCUACGAAGACUGACUUUGAGAAAGACUUUUUUAAGUUGAUGAACAACUCGGUCUUUGGCAAAACCAUGGAGGAUGUAAGAAAGCGAGUGAACAUUCAAUUGAUCACAGAGCCCGCUGUGUUCAAAAAACACUCAGCAAAAGUCACCUACAAACGGAGUGAAGUGUUUGUCAAUGAUGAAGAAAAGCAGGAGUACUUCGUGGGAUUAGAAGCAAAGCGCACCUCUGUAAAGCUAGACAAGCCAAUCUACACGGGCUUUACUGUUUUUGAGCUAUCAAAGCUCCACAUGUAUGACUUUCAUUAUAAUCACAUCAUGAAAAAGUAUGGUCCAGAGAAAGCCAAGCUGUUGUUCACUGAUACGGACAGCUUGACCUAUCAUAUCAAGACAGAUGACCUAUACCAAGACACGAAACAGGAC